AUGCAGGAGAGGGACCUACAGAGCAUGUGCAGAAAGGCACUGCUGGUCACCGUGUGUAUGGUGUCUCUGUGGGGACACAUGAGCUGUGCUUCGUCUCACAGAAGUCACAUCGUCCAUGUGAAGGCGGGCACCUGCGAAGUAAUUGCUGCACACCGAUGCUGCAACAAGAACAAGAUCGAGGAGAGAUCCCAGACCGUCAAGUGCUCCUGCUUCCCCGGACAAGUGGCGGGGACCACGAGAGCCGCGCCAUCUUGUGUGGACGCCUCCAUAGUUGCACAGAAGUGGUGGUGCCAGAUGCAUCCGUGUAUGGACGGCGAGGAGUGUAAAGUGUUGCCAGAUCUGAAAGGCUGGAGCUGCAGUACGGGAAACAAAGUGAAGACCACCAAGGUCACGCGGUAG